GACAGAUUCUUUCUUCACCUUUCUCCCUCUGCCUUAGAACCCUGCGAGACGCCGGAGAGUUAGGGUUUCGUCGAACUCCUCGCCGCCAUGCCGCAAGGUGAUUACAUCGAGCUUCACCGGAAGCGCCAUGGCUACCGGCUCGACCACUUCGAGCGGAAGCGGAAGAAGGAGGCUCGGGAAGUCCACAAGCGGUCCGCUUAUGCCCAAAAGGCUCUUGGUAUUAAAGGGAAAAUGUUUGCGAAGAAACGGUAUGCAGAGAAGGCGUUGAUGAAGAAAACGCUUGCUAUGCAUGAUGAGUCAUCAACUAGGCGCAAGGUAGAUGACAAGGUUCAUGAUGGAGCUCUUCCUGCCUAUCUGCUGGAUCGUGACACAACAACACGUGCAAAAGUUCUCAGCAACACGAUCAAGCAGAAGAGAAAGGAAAAGGCUGGCAAAUGGGAUGUUCCUCUGCCGAAGGUCAGACCUGUGGCCGAAGAUGAGAUGUUUAAGGUUAUUAGGUCUGGCAAGCGCAAAACCAAGCAAUGGAAGAGAAUGGUUACCAAAGUCACAUUUGUGGGGCCAAGUUUUACAAGAAAACCACCAAAAUACGAGCGCUUCAUCCGCCCUACAGGCUUGCGGUUCACAAAAGCUCAUGUGACUCAUCCUGAACUGAAAUGCACUUUUAAUCUUGACAUUAUUGGAAUAAAGAAAAACCCCAAUGGUCCGAUGUACACAUCUCUUGGCGUUGUGACUAAGGGAACCAUCAUCGAGGUGAAUGUGAGCGAGCUUGGUCUGGUUACACCUGCAGGAAAAGUAGUCUGGGGUAAAUAUGCUCAAGUUACAAAUAAUCCAGAGAAUGAUGGUUGCAUAAAUGCUGUUCUUCUCGUUUGAGGGCUAUAACCCACAGUUUUCUGGUUUGAUCACUGCUGUUCUGCUUGUUUGAGGGCUAUGACCCACUAGUUUCUGGUUCAAGCUAUCAUGACCAUGUUAUAUUUCAUCAUAUGUUGAUUCACAUGCUCUGAAAACUCCACCUUUCCCUGCAUGGUGCUCGUAUGAUGGCAACAGUUUUGGUUUUCCACCUUUUAUCACCCAUCAGCUGAUCUGUACUUGUUGGAUCUUGUACCCUCCCCCACCCUUCUGGACUUUUCUCUUUACAUGCUAAACUAUGAAAAUUAUCACUUGAACAAGAACUGAAAAUUUUGAUACUGAAAAUUUUGAUGGUAACAUUAACCAUUUGAUUGUAUAAAAUUUCUCCGAGGUGUUCAAUC